AUGACUACAUUAAUUGCUCGAUUUCGAUAUAUUAUUUACAAAGUGUGGGGUCGACUUGGACUGACAACUUUUUCUCCAUUAUUUUUUUUUGCUACUGGUAUCAUUUGUGUGCAAUUUGAUGCAACAGUGAUCAAGACAUGCUCUUCACCAUCAAAUUAUACCCAAAAUAAUCAACAACAAUUAUUAUUCUUCAAUGGAUCAAGUUGUGGUGAUCAAAGAAGAGCUCUCCUUUCAUUUGUUGUUUAUUGCUGUGUUCGUUUGAUUUCAUAUAAGUUCGAAGAGUUGAUUUCUCGUUCAGAAUUAGGAUGUUUAUCUCGAAUGAAACUUCCCGGUACUCAUCUUGGUUUAAGUCUUGCCCUUCCAUAUCUCAUCAGAUCACUAUCAUUUGGAUCUCCACCACUUCCUUUAAUGGCCUACCGGAGCAUUCUUUUCUUCAGUACUAUCCUUCUUUUUGUUCCAUAUUUGAGAGAUUUGGUUCAUUUGAUUUGUUUUGUUCAUAAAGGAGCAACUCGCAGAUUUUUCCGAGCCGACUACGAGUUCUUUUUGACGGUGGCUCUUCUUUUUCUUCAUUUCUCUAUUAUUUUUGUAGAAGUCUUGGAUAUCUCAUUUGGUAUUUAUUGUCCUCAAUUCAUUUUUGGUAUACCCAUUCUAUUUCCACACACAAAUUUCGUGCAUUUCCUUUUUCUUAUCCACAAUUUCUUAUUGAAAAAUCAUAAAAAGAUGCCAAUUAUCAUUUAUGAGGUUUGUGAAGAAGAUGUAUUCGUUCAAUUAGAAAGACAAAGAUGUCUUGCAAAUCGAGAUUGUCCGAUAAGAAGUGCUGCUUAUAGAUUACCAUUUGUUCCAUCACAGACGACCACUCGAAUUCGCCGAGAGCUUGAGGGGCGAAUUGUUCAAAUCCGAGAUUUGGAUGAAUUGCAACGACUUGUUCCCUGCGAUAUUCAACAUGGACCAAAGAAAAAACCACAAACAUACUCGUCAAAUCAAGUGUUGUAUCACAAA